AUGGCUACUACCGAUCAGCUUCCUACCGGCGCGGCUGGACAAUUCGACUACAUCAUUGUCGGGGGCGGAACCGCAGGCUGCGUUAUUGCGAGCCGGCUUUCCAGCUACUUGCCACACAAGAACAUCCUUAUGAUCGAAGGCGGACCCAGCGAUGUGGGUGAUGAUCGAGCUCUCAUACUCAAAGAUAGGUUCAAGAUGCAAGGGACGGAGUUGGACUAUGCUUAUACCAGUGUUCCGCAACCGAACGUAGGGAACAGCAAUAUCCUACAUUCGCGGGCAAAAAUCUUGGGUGGCUGUUCUAGUCAUAACGACAUGGUGUCAUUUCGCACGCCUGAGUACGACGCGUACACAUGGGAAAGGCUAGGAUGCACCGGGUGGUCCUUUGAGACUUUCAAACGCCUGUAUCAGCAACUGCGCGUCAUCACCUACCCUGGUGCCCAUCCUCGAGACCAGAACCAGCUGAGCAAGGAUUGGAUUCUCUCAGCGCACCGCGCUCUUGGACUGCCGCUCGUGAAGGACUUCAACAAGGGCAUCACCUCAAGCUCAGGGCUCACUGAGGGCGCUGGAUGGACUCCUCUAUCCUACAAUCCGGAGAAUGGUUGGCGUGGCAGCGCCAGUGUCUCGUACAUUCAUCCUAUACUUCGUGGGGAUGAGAAACGGCCGAACCUCACCAUUCUGACAAAUGCAUGGGUCUCUCGCGUCAAUCUGCAAGGGGAUACCGCAACGAGUGUCAAUGUCACGACGAGCGACGGACGGAAGCAUGUCGUCUGCGCCGCGGCAGAGAUCAUUCUUUGCGCCGGGGCGAUCGAUACGCCACGACUGAUGUUACUCUCUGGACUUGGCCCUCGAGGGCGCCUGGAGUCGGUCAACAUCCCUGUAAUCAAGGACAUACCCGGUGUUGGGGAGAAUCUACAGGACCAUCCCUGUACUCUUGUCCAAUUCGAGCUUCAUGAGGAGGUGCCCGAGAAUACAGCAACACACUCGGACGUGCUAGCGUUUCUCCGACAUAAACCCUACAACUGGGCGGGCGAUGACGGCAAUAUCCCAGACAUCCUCCUACACAUGUGGCAACUCAAUGAUGAUAUGACGCCAGCUGGCUACGAACGGCCAAGGCAUCCAUUUAUUAUCCUGCCAGUCGUACUACGCACACAUGCACGUGGCAGUGUGUACCUGAAGUCAAAGGACCCGCAAGAGAAGCCAGCCAUUGAUUUCAAGUAUUUUGAGGACGCCGACGGCUACGAUGCGGAUCUUCUAGUCGCUGGUAUCAAGGCCGUGAGGAAGAUGGCAGCGUCGGAGCCCCUCAGGAGCUGGAUCAAGCACGAGGCAGCGCCUGGAGCCCAGGUAACAUCAGACGAGGAGCUGAACAAAUACGCGCGUGCGGCUUCCCAGACCAUGUUUCACCCAGCUUGCACUACAAAAAUGGGAGACGUCCUCAAUGACCCGAAGGCCGUGGUUGACUCUCGCCUCUGUGUCAGGGGGAUCAAUAACCUUCGUAUUGCAGACGCUGGAGUAUUUCCUACCAUGAUAACGGUCAAUCUCAUGCUGACCGUUCUAGCGGUUGGUGAACGGGCGGCUGAACUGAUAGCAGAGGAUGCAGGGUGGCAGGGCUCCAAGUCUCGGCUGUAA